AUGAGUCGAUAUUUGAAUAACGGAGGGAUAAGCAGUGGCUUCAAUACCAGCUAUCCCCAGCGACAUCGCCAUUUAGGUGUCACUCCACCCAUCUCAGAAAACCCUCCAACAGAAAAGGAAAUUGCGUGUACAGAGCAGCUUGUUCAGACGCUGCGUGAUUAUGGCCAGUACGAAAGCGAAGAAGAGGCUCAAAAGCGUGAAAUAGUUUUAGGAAAAAUUGAUGCCAUUUUUAAAGAGUUUGUUCGAUCUGUGAGUAUUAAAAACGGCUUGCCUGAAUCUCUGGCAAACGAUGUCGGUGGUAAAAUCUUUACUUUUGGCUCUUAUCGUCUUGGGGUUCAUGGCAAAAAGAGUGAUAUCGAUACACUUUGUGUAGCCCCAAAACAUGUCAAACGUGAGGAUUUUUUAGAAUACAUGUAUGAGCUUUUAAAAGCUCGACAAGAAGUAUCUGAAAUUACCGCUGUUGCCGAUGCAUAUGUGCCGAUUAUUAAACUUGAAUUUUCAGAUAUUUCGAUUGAUUUGGUAUUUGCGAGGCUGGCUCUCCCAACUGUAUCUGAAGAUCUUGAUCUUUCUGACGAUAGUUUAUUGAAAAAUUUGGAUGAUCGCUGCAUUCGUAGUUUGAAUGGUUCACGAGUAACGGAUGAUAUUCUUCGACUGGUUCCUAAUGUAGAAACAUUUCGAAUAGCAUUGCGGUGUAUUAAACUGUGGGCCUUGCAACGAGCAAUCUACUCCAAUGUAAUGGGAUUCUUUGGUGGAGUAGCAUGGGCCAUUCUCAUUGCACGAGUAUGUCAGCUGUAUCCUUGUGCAGCAGCAGGAGAAGUAGUGUCCAAGUUUUUUCAAAUCAUGUAUCGGUGGGAAUGGCCGCUUCCGGUUCUUCUCAAACCCAUCGAGGAAGGACCACUUGCAGUGCGAGUAUGGAACCCCAAGAUUUAUCCACAAGACAAAGCGCAUCGAAUGCCUAUUAUUACGCCCGCCUAUCCAUCAAUGUGUUCAACACACAAUGUGACGGUAUCUACUCAAACAGUGACCACACAGGAGUUUGAGCGGGCAGCAGUAACUACGGAUAAGAUUAUGCUUGGACGAGAGAAAUGGACAGUACUCUUUCAAAAAAACGACUUUUUUCACAGAUACAAAUAUUACUUGCAGGUGAUAGCUUCAUCCAACGAUGAUGAGAAACAGCUCAUGUGGGCAGGGUUUGUAGAGUCGCGAUUACGACAACUGGUGAUGAAGCUGGAGCUUGCAGAGAAUUUGGAUAUUGCGCAUCCAUACAUCAAAGGAUUUGAUAAAAAGACAAUGUGUUUUAAUGAGAAUGAUCAGCAUGAUGUAGCUCAUGGACAAGCACCUAGUAGUUCAGAUGCAUUGGCAUUUAUAGAGCAGGCGACCAAAUCAACAGAUGGCGAGGUGGACAAGGAAGCAACGGCCCAAGUAGAAGAGUCGGCAACAAAAGCAAACUCGGAAGAAAAGGCCACGGAAGACACAACGGCAGUGGGUACACCAAUCUGGACCACCACAUUCUAUGUAGGGCUUGCAAUCAAACCCAAGGAUCCAAACAAUGUCGGAUCACGUAAGCUAGACAUUACAUGGCCAACAUUGGAGUUUAUCAAGAUGGUCAAAGCAUGGGAUAAGUUUGAAGAUGAUUCGAUGGGAAUUGUCAUUCAGCAUAUCAAAAGGUAA